AUGGGAAACUUCUUCAGCUCAAUGUUUGACCGACUAUGGGGUGUCAACAAGGAGAUGCGUAUUUUGAUCUUGGGAUUGGACGGAGCUGGUAAGACUACCAUUUUAUAUCGGUUACAGAUAGGGGAGGUGGUAACGACGAAACCCACGAUUGGAUUCAACGUCGAAACACUAGUAUACAAAAACUUAAAGCUUAACGUGUGGGAUCUGGGCGGGCAGACCAGUAUCAGGCCGUAUUGGCGAUGCUACUACUCUAACACAGCGGCGGUCAUUUUCGUAGUCGACUCUACGGAUAAAGACCGGAUGUUAACAGCGUCCAAAGAAUUACACAUGAUGCUACAAGAGGAAGAGUUACAGGACGCCGCGUUGCUGGUCUUCGCCAACAAACAGGAUCAACCGGGCGCCUUAAGUGCGUCCGAAGUGUCAAAGCAGCUCAGUCUGGUGGAGCUUAAAGACCGUAGCUGGAGCAUCGUGGCCUCAAGCGCUAUCAAGGGCGAAGGUAUUUCCGAAGGCCUCGAUUGGCUUAUCGAUGUAGUUCGAGAGGAACAGUUGUAA